AUAUCCAAGCACGUAAAAAUGCGGAGACUCUCACUGCUGAUUGAAGUCAGAUGUCCCUUCUUGAAUCAACAUUUUCCUCUUGCAGAGACCAAAUCCUUUACAUCCCUCAGACCCUCUGAUAGUGCAUUUCUGUUAGUGAAUUGUCUGCCUCCUUUUGCUUCCUAUAAAUCUUGGUCCACACUAUCCUCUUCUCUAAGUUCAUAUAUUACCUUGCAGUUCAAAGGUAGAUAGAUACCUUCAUACACAGGAUAGCUGACCACCGCUUCCUUGCGAUUCUAUCGAAGGAAGAUUCUUACAACCGGGAAGGAAUGUUAUAGAUGCUUGAAUCCUAAUGGCGAAUAUGGUCAGUUCUGCUGUUGUCCAUGAAGCAGUUAGCCAAAUCUUAUCUGACCUCAUUAACAGGCAUGAGGGGAAAGAGAAAUCAAAGGCCAACGAAAACUUGGAGAGGCUAGAGAUGGCGCACAUUAAGUUGGAGGCUGCUCUCGAGACAUCUGAAAAGUGGCAAAUCACUGGUGCAUCCUUGUUGCGCUGGCGUAAAAAGCUGAAGCGUGCUGCUCAAGAGUGUGACGACACGCUGCACAGAUGCAAGAAUAGGAUCUUAGAAGAAGAACAGAUCGAACAGGAGGUGAGGAAUUCAGCCUUUCCUAAACGGAUAGCACAUGCUACCAGGUCACUCAUCUCCUCUGCCUUUGGCCAUGAUAACCAGUUAAGAACAUCUAUUGUUAGAAGAUUUGAGUGGUAUGCAGAUGGUGCUGGCGACUUCUUGAGGUUCAUCGAGCUUGGUUGCACACCGCAUUGUCACAUGCCCUUCAACCCUUUCAUCAAGAACUUUUUUGCAGGGAAGAAGCUGCAGCACAAAAUCGACCAGGGAAAUGGGAGCAGUUUUUUUAUACUGUGGUUACCCUUCAUUACUGCAGAGCAUAGGGUAGAGGUUUCCCUAGUCUUCAUCCAGAAAGAUGGUAAUGCACCAGAGAACAAUUUUUACUUCAGCAUCAUGCUACAACUUUCUGAGAGUACGGACAUAGUUGGGAUUGCAAUGAAGUGCUUGCAGCUGUUUACACCUCUUUUCAAGUCUAAAGUUGAAGUUAUUAGGAACAAAAUUAUGAAACUGCCUGCACAAGACUUCUCAUGGGUGCCGUUUGUUGACUCACGCCAGAAAGAACAUUGGGACAAUCUAGUUGGUUGUGUCUCUCAGUGGCUUCGUCCAGACCCAUCAUGCUGCAAGAAGAUUGACCAGCAUGAAGCUCACCAUUGUAGCAACACAGACACGUCAGAUGUUUCUCUAGAACCAGUUAUUGAAGCGCAUUUGGAGUGCCAAGUCUCACUGGAUGGAGGCGAAAUUUGUCUCCAAGAUUCUGAAUAUCUGAUAGCUGGACUCCUCUUUAUGCCCCAUGGUUCUUCAGAGAACCUGUCGCCUGGGGAUAAAAGCUCUGCUAUAGCAGUGAAUCACAGUGAGGAGCAACAUUGCAUGCAUAGAGACAUUACCUUGACACAGCUGGAAGAGAUCACACUUGCAAAGGCGGUAGAGUACUUUCGCCAAAACACAGACGCAUUAGUCUACCAGAUGCUUUGGAAGUCUAAACAGGGCACUGCAUAUAUUCAUGUUGUGAAGGGAAGCACGAAGAUGCAGAGCACACGACGAAUGAUUCGGGGAGGAAAGAUUGUGCAACAACAGGAGCGAGAUCAUGUGGUUCCUCAGUUCCUCAACUUAUGGGUUGGACAUGCACCCAUCAGGCUGCAAGGCUCGAUCGUGGACUGGAUUCAGAAAGAGGGAAAAAAUAAGCUAGCAUUUUCACCGCUACGCCUGAAACUCUAGAUCAUUUAACAUGGAUCGAUAACGGAGACAAGAUUUAAAAGAAAACAGAAAUUUUCCGGGUAGUAAGUAAAUGUUGAAAGCUCUUCUUAACAGUGGACAUGUCCUUCAAAACAUCAUUCUCAGUGCAAGAAUAUUGAUAAAAUCUCCAUAUAGGUCCCAAGACAGAGAGGAGAAUAUCUGCAGCAUGAAGGUUAUUGAGUUACAUAUGCAAACAGUUUUUUCUGUGUUGGUCUUAGCUAAAAAAAUAUGUUCUACUUUAGGAAUCUAUGUAAGUGCAGUGCAGUAUGCCGCUUUUUUAGGUUUGAAAUGUCCUUUUCAUAUGGUCUCAAUUAUACUCUUAUUUGCAUCUUAUCAUUUUGCUCAUCAUGUGCUGGGAAUUGCAUGCAUGGCUUACUACAUCAAUGCAUUUGUAAAUUGUAAGCAUAUAGACCAUAUUUACUUUGUGUGCAAACAUUGAGCAUGUGGCUAUGUACCACGGGCAAAUUAAGUUGAAGAGAGAUUAUUAUGAGAUCUUA